UUAUGGAAAGUGAUAGUGAAGGGGAAGAAAUGGAAUGCUUGAUGGAGGCAACUCAACACCUCACAACGCAUUUACGAGAAGAUCGAACAAAAACAGAAGGGUAUUUUGAAGAAACAAUCCCGAACUACUUACCAGAUGACUUCACAAGGUUUUUUAAAAUGAAUCGUGAACCAUUUGAUGUCCUUUGUCAACACCUUAGUGAAUGUGAACAGUUAAAACAACGUGUAUGUGCAGGAGGUAGAGAACCGAUUCCGAUGGAGAAGAAGGUACUGAUGACCAUUCGUUAUUUGUCGUCAAUGGAUACAAUACGUAGUUUAAGUGACAGAUUUGGUGUAACCGAUUCUUCGUUUUUGAAGUGUAGGGAACAAGUAAUUAAUGCAAUUAACUCUUCAUUGAAGAAAUUCAUCAAAUGACCAAC